AAAGGGGCAGAUUUGCGCUCCCAUCACUGGGCUCUCAUUCAUUAAUUGGGUUUGGGCAUUUGGCUUCUACCUCCUCGCUGGCUCACUUCCAAUGUUUUCCCAAAGAUUGGAAGCCAGUCAUAGCGUGUAAUUGUGAGCCGAUGCUGUCCGCCGUUGUAUUUCAUGUCGAAAAGCCCCUCUCAUCCCGCAUCGUCCCCCGUUUCUCGAUUUCUCUUGCGACCUUCCUCCCUCCCUCCCCGCUCUUUUCCUCUCAUAUCAGCCAACAUAUCGUGGCCUCGCAACCCAUCUCACUACGCAUCGCAAGGGAGAGAAAGAGAGAAGAAGAGAGAGACCGGGAUAUCCGUACAAACACAUACCAAACGCUCACCUGCAUCUCACACCGUCAUAUCGGAAUCUCCCAUACCGUUGACAGAAAACGACAGAACAUCUCCAUCCACGUCCCCUCUACAGAUAUCAGGCAAGAGAGAAACCUGCACGGUUCCCAGCCUCUGUAUCCCCACAUCGCUUUCGUCCGGCUGCCAGCCGUUGUUCGUCGUCCACUUUAACAUCAACGGCUAAACCUCCCACGGACCGCGAUCUUCUCAGUGCCACUGCCACGAGUGCCACAGCAUCUCGGGGGGGUCUUUGAGUCUUGACCCGUUUCUGUGACUUUGUGGGGGCCGAUUUGCAAACCCGUCCUCGGUGUCCUCCACCCCUUGUCACCCAAGUCGGUACUCGCUUCCGUUUGGAAUUGUGACGGUGGAGUAGUGUUAGGGGCCUCCUUUCCUUCACCGCAUCGUCAACAGCGAGGGACCCUGCCCCCAAAAGCGCCCAGAAGUGUCCCGAGUGCCCUUCAAGUGGCUCCCCGCGACAACGAACAAGACGGGAUCACUUUGGCGGUGGACUGGGCUCCCUCUGAGACCAGCCUCCCCCUUCCUCUCAGAGUCCUGACGGAAACCUUCUUGGCCAAGCCAAGCCCGUCUCGUAGCACCCUGGAGCCUGUCGUCACUUAAAAGAAGGGAAAGCUUCAAAAUCGACUAGUACCGCCCGCACCAACACCACCAUACUAGGUCACCGCCUGUGUGUGUGUCUCUCACACACUCAUCCUCUACCUUGACGCACUCACACACACUCUCACACACACAUACACAUCACUUGCUCGGUGAAAGACGCCGAGCAGGUGAACUGAGAUAUAUCAUCAUGGCCCUCACGCAGACAGUCACUAUCAUCAAUAAUUCGGGCAAGAUUAUAAGUACCGGAAAACACCUGGCUGGUAUCUUCAAAGAAGCCAAGGCUUCCUACCAGGAGAAAAAGGCGGCCAUCAAGGCCGACCGGGAGGUUCUGAAGCGCGCCCAGACCUUUGAUACUUCUCGCGAUCUCCCUCCCGAAGCCUUCGAUCGCCGCUACUCGCACGACGAUGGCCGCUCCGUCGCCAGCUCUAGGAGAAGUCAUCGAUCGAGACGCUCCCAGUCAAGCCACCGCGAUGUCGAGUACUAUCCACGUUCGAGACCUGCUCUGACCGAGAACAACCUCAAGACACAUUCCGAAGUCUCCAGCGUCACGCCAUCAAGAGCGCCUCCCUCCGCAUACCGUGCUCCUUAUGCCGAAACGGCUCCCCGCGACGUGGCUUUGAGCCGCCCGACCUUGCCGCAUUACACCACAGCCCCGUCUUGCAGCGACAGUCUCGCAGACUCGGCAACAAUCCGUGGCUCCAUGGUUCCCCGUACCAUGUCCGCGCCUGUUAUACCCAAGGGUCGCAAAGAGAAGGAAAUCGAUAUGGACCUCGCAUACGGCAACAUUCCUCCCGAUCUGAAGGAUCGCACUGAUCUGGAUCCCCUUACCAAGGAGAAGGAGGCUAAGACACUCAUCUCCAGGGUCGAGGGACUGCUCGACGAAGCCAAGUGCGCACACCACUCCGCCACCGCUACCAUCGCCCAUCUGCAAGGAAAUCCCGAUGCCGCCGCCGCUGUCGCCUUGACGCUAGCGGAAUUGUCCACGCUCUUGAAACAGAUGUCGCCUGCCUUCUUAUCUGUGAUCAAGGGAGGCUCGCCGGCCGUUUUUGCGCUUUUGGCAUCGCCUCAAUUCCUCAUUGCCGCCGGUGCAAGUAUCGGCCUCACGGUGGUCAUGUUCGGCGGGUGGAAGAUUGUGAAGCAGAUAAAGGACGCCCAGGCCCAGAAACAGGCAGCUAUCGCCAACGCAAUGGCCUUCGAGGCACAACCCGCACCGCAGGCCAUCGAGUAUGCACAACACGAUCAGUACGACCAGUACGACCAGUAUGACCCCUACCAGCAGCCACGGGAGGGGAGCGUACGGGAAGGGAGCGUCCGCGAGGGGAGUGUUGCCUACGACGAGGCAUAUGUUCUCGACCCUCGACUUGACGAGGAGCUUAGCUCCAUCGAGAGUUGGCGCCGCGGGAUUGCCCCUGCAGGCGAUGAUGAGAGUGUUGAUAUGGAGCUCAUCAGCCCUGAGGCCGCGCGUUCGAUGCUUGGAGACGACACCCGUACUGAGCGGAGUUUCCGGACACAACGCAGUUCCAAGACGCACCGCAGCUCGAGGACGGAGAGGACCGAGAGGUCGGAGAGGUCGCACCACUCAUCCAGGUCGCACCGCAGCACCCGCGAGUCCGAGGUGCCCGAACGCAAGAGCAGUGUUGCAAGGUCCGAGGCUGCGAGAUCUGAAAGAGACGCCGAGAGUGUCGCCAGCAGCCACCGAAGUCACCGCAGCUCUGCUUCCAAGCGCAGUACACGCGCGCCGACACUAGCAAUUGAGGACGGCAGUCGCCAGAAGGAAGAUGAGGCUAUCGAAGCGGUUCUCCGACCCAAGAAAAACAACAUGCUCAAGUCCCUGUUCAAGAAGAAGGAGAAGGAACACAGAGAUAGAGAUGAAAGGGUGUCUGCUCUGGUGUUCUAGGAUGUGACCACGAAGAAGACGUUACAGAUGAGGACAACGAAGAUAGGAUGUGACCACGAAGAAGACGUUACAGAUGAGGACAACGAAGAAUGGAAAUGAUGCAUAUGGCUUGGGCGGUUUCCCAGCCUGGACGGAGUUGGGAUUAUAAUUGGUACGCAUAAAGGAGGACGUGGCUUGGAAUCGGCCCUCACUUUGCAUUGUUGUCGGGAAUACAUUAUUCAUUCAAGAGGAAAACAUACUGACAAUUAUUGUUACAUCAUCUUUGAGCGAUAAAAACUUUUCUAUUUCGGAACAGUAGAUAGUAUCGCAAUUUACACGCAAGAAACAUGUUUUCUGUACUCGCAUCUCUAUCGCAAUGGGCAGGCUAGGUGCAGGGGACGGCGUUGUAAAAAGCGAACGAUGGCAGUCGCAGCAGGUGAUUGUCGGUCAGCAAAUUGAAGAUGCUCAAUCGAUCUGGUCUCCGCUAAUCUAGUGGGAGAGGCAUGGCAUACUUUUGACGCUGCCGCAGUUGUGGCCGGGAGCAGCGAAGAGGCGUAGGGCUGAACCGGAGAUGGACGAGAUCGGAAAACAAAGUCAGACGGCC